ACAAACAUACUUCACCAUCCAUCAAAAUUUUCAGUCAAGAUGACAAAUUUUUUCGGCUCAUUCAUUCACAAAAUUCUCAGUUCCAGAAAUCUGUCCAAACUCCAUUCUCGCAGGUGCAUAUCCAUUUUCAAAAAAUCCAAAGAUCGAAGAGAUACACAUUUAUCACCCUACAUAAUCCUGAAACCAACCAAAGAAGACUAUGAAACAAUUCUCAAACUGAUGCACGAAGCAUACUAUCCCGAGGAGCCAACAUGCUUCAGCUUAGGAAUCGCUCGGAACACUGUGAUGGAUGAAACAGCUCUGAAAAACCUUGCGGAAGGAAUAUCUCUGGUAGCAAGAAGCAAAUAUGAUGGAUGUAUAGUAGGGGCAUGUAUUAAUGAAACUUCGAAUCGAUGGGAUCCUGACUUGAAGGAGAAACUAGCCGCAAGUGUUCAGUGCUCAAACGUGAAACAACUGUUAUUAUUCCAAGCCCACAUACAGCGGUUUCCACAACUAUGGGACUGUUACUGUGUUCAAAAAAUUUUCGAAAUCAGCAAUCUUUUUGUGAAAAAGUUUCACAGCAGAAGCGACAUCGCUGAAAGGUUGCUAAAUGAAUCGAAGGAACUGGCAGCUGAUUGCGGAUACAAAGUUGUGCGACUCAAUGCAACGAGUUUGCAUCUGGCAGAGUUGGCUAAAUCUAUGAACAUGGAACUGGCAGCUGAGAUGCCGUAUUGUUUGUACGUGGGGAGAAAUAUGAAACCUGUAUUCGAUCCACCGUAUCCCAACGAUUCUGUGAAGGUGUUCAUUGAUGUUGAUCCCCAAAUUAAAAAAGCGUCCAUCAAGAAGUGAAUAUUAUCAUAAGGUGAUGUUGCUUCCCACUAUUCUCAACUGAAUAAUACAAAAUGAUACAAAUAAAAUCAGCAUGAAAUUAUCACUUUA